CUUAGUAACUGUGUCAACUACUGUGUAUGGUACAUUCUAUCACAAAUGGCACUGUGUUGAGUACUUAUGCCGUCUACUAGCUGAUAACGACACCGAGACAGAGAAGGUAAUGAUACGAGUUUAGGCAGUCUCCGGUGCGAAGUGACCGCACAUGAACGUGACGCGUGUGCUGAUUUUUCAUCAUGUCUCAAAAGUUUUUCGGAUCUACGCGUAAAAUUAUCGGUGCUGGGGUCAAUUAUAAAGAAAUUUUACGAUUGACGAAUGCUUCUAAGCCUGAUAAUCCUGUUAUAUUUUUCAAGCCCAUAUCAACACUAAUCUCAAGUGACGAAAGUGCAAUCAAGGUUCCUAAAGUAUUCGGGAAAAUAAACUACGAAGCUGAACUAGGAGUCAUUAUCGGAAAGUCCUGCAAGAAUGUGAGUCCGGAUCAAGCUAUGAACUACGUAGCCGGUUACUGUCUGGCGUUGGAUAUGACGGGCAUGGAUUUUAUUGUCGAUGCUAGACCGAAAGGGUUGCCGUGGUGUCUGGGGAAGGGAUUUGAUACCUCGACACCGGUGAGCCGAUUCAUUUCGCCAGAAGAACUUGGUGAUCCAAGCAAUGUGCGCGUUUGGUGUAAGGUUAACGACCAGAUGAAACAGGAUGAUUCUACUAGGAAUCUUAUUUUUACGAUUCAGGAAUUAAUUUCCUAUACAUCGAAAUAUAUGUCACUGGAAGAGAACGACUUGAUUCUGACGGGAACACCGGCUGGUGCUGGUCCUGUGCGAGACGGCGACAUCGUGGAAUGUGGACUUGGUGAUAUUGUACAGAUGAAGUUUCACAUCAAGGAUGAAUGAAUCCUGUUCGUAACCCUGUUGUCUGUAUUAUGAUAAAUUUCGUAAAUUCAUUUUAAAUAAAUCUAAAACUUAUGCUUAGCAAUCACAGUACAAAAGCUACAUAAAA